AUUGAUAAAGUUUUAGAUAAAAAAAAACCAUUAGAAUAUAUUGUUUUGAUGAAAGUAUGAAUUUUGAAGAGUUAUUUGGAGAGUGGCCAAUUGAAAUAUUAUAUAAUACAUAACAACGUUUAGUAGUCGGCGCUGCCGGACCGGAAUGUUUGUAAAGGUCGGUCCUUUACAAAUGUUCAAACAAUGCAUUCCUCUAUCGUUGCUAAGCCCUUUUCACGUUUGUGUUUCCCUAUUUUGAUUUCCUCUCUUUCUGCUUUCAACUCCCCCACUACUACAUUCUUCAAUCCCUGUUCUUCUCAAGGUCUCUGCUACCUUGCCCACCAACUGUUCGAUGAAUUGCCUCAAACAGAUAUUCCUUCCCUUAAUUCCCUUCUCACCUCCUAUGUGCGUGGCUGUCGUCAAUCUGACGCAUGGUCUCUCUUCAGUCGAAUGCACCGCUCCUUCUCUCCUCUCACUGCCCACACUCUCACCGCUGUCUUGGCUGCAUGCUCCGCAUUACCCACCUCCCAAUAUGGCCAACUAGUCCAUGGGUUAAUCAUAAAAACAGGUGCGUAUUCUGGGAUUGUAACUAAAACUGCCAUCUUGGACAUGUACUCUAAAUGUGGACUUCUUGAUGACUCUGUUAAGGUCUUUGAAGAGAUGGAAAUGAGGGACGUGGUUGCUUGGAAUUCGUUGUUAUCUAGCUUUUUGAGGGAGGGUCUUGCUGAGGAAGCAUUAAACGUGUUUGAAGAAAUGAAGAGAGAGAAAGUGGAGUUUAGUGAGUUUACUUUGUGUUCUGUGCUUAAAGCUUGUGCUGCCUUGGAAGAUUAUCGUUUGGGUAAGCAAGUUCAUGGGGUGGUUGUAGUGAUGAACAGAGAUAUGCUUGUUUUGGGUACCGCCUUGGUUGAUUUUUACUCUAGUGUUGGGUGUAUUAGUGAAGCCGUGAAAGUUUACACUAGCUUAAAUUGUAGAAAGGAUGAUAUCAUACUUAAUUCUUUAAUUUCUGGAUGUGUUAGGAAUAAAAGAUAUGAAGAGGCUUUUUCAUUGAUGAGCAAGAUGAGACCUAAUGCAAUUGCACUAACAAGUGCCCUGCAUGCUUGCUCUGAGAAUUCAGAUCUAUGGAUAGGGAAGCAAAUUCACUGUGUUUCGGUUCGUCAUGGUUUGACAUCUAAUACUCAAUUGUGCAAUAUCUUGCUCGAUAUGUAUGCUAAAUGUGGGAAAGUUUUGAAUGCUCGAGCAGUGUUCGAUGGAAUGUGUCAUAAGAAUGUAGUAUCGUGGAGCAGCAUGAUUCAAACAUACGGAAGUCAUGGAGAUGGGCUAAAAGCUUUUGAACUGUUCAAGAUAAUGGUAGAGGGAAGAACUGGAGUCUUGCCAAAUUCAGUGACGUUCCUUUCUGUCUUAUCUGCCUGUGGGCAUUCAGGGUUGGUGCAGCAGGGACAAGAAUGUUUUUAUUUGGCGAAGGAGAAGUAUAGCUCAUGUCUAGGUCCAGAACACUAUGCCUGCUUCAUAGAUGUAUUAGGCCGAGCUGGUAAGAUUGAUGAAGUAUGGAGUCUGUUUCAUGAUAUGGAGAUGUGUGGUGUUAAGAUUACUUCAAAAAUAUGGGCAGCAGUACUUAAUGCUUGUAAUCACAACCAAGAUGUUUCCAGGGGUGAGUUUGCUGCCAAAAAACUCCUUCAAUUGGAUCCGAACAAGGCAGGGAAUUACGUGCUGGCAUCAAAUUUCUAUGCGUCAAUAGGAAAGUGGGAUUCGGUGGAUGAAUUGAGGAGACUCAUGAAAGCAAAAGGACUAAGGAAGCUGGAAAAAGCUCAGUCACUUCUUCUUGCUUCUAGUGCUGGAUGAGAGAAUUAGCUCAUCUAUAAUGUGAUAGCCAAAAGAAAGAGGGGCUUCUGAUGUGGAAAAAGAAGAAACACCUUAUCGUGGACUGAAGCAUCAGGUUAAAUGUCACUCAUUGUUGAUCAAGACUCUGCCUAAGGGCUCUAAUUUAAACCUCAACGUUCCUUCAACGACUGUCAUUUAAGAUGUCAACAAACGUGUUCUGUGGCUGAAGCCUGAAGAUCAGCAAAUUUUGUAGCUUGCUAUUUUUCUGGUAUGUAAACUGCCUCAAAUUGAAUGUUUCUGAAUAUCUUGUUAAAUUUUUUCCAAUUUAUUCUUAUUAUGUUAUUGGGUGAGGACCAAAGUCGUGACCAAAAUCAAAUCGGGUAGGACUUGUAAAGAAACUUUGCUUGAUGUUAUUGUAGGUGUAAAUUAUUUUGUAGUGAUAUGAGACAAGUAUCAUCAACGCUAAAGUGGGGAUGUGUAGUAAUAUAUGGAGUGAAUACUUUCAAACUUUCUACCUUGAAGUUUCAAGGUAUCCCAGGAAGUGAAACCAUUUCCUUUCUUUUC